AUGCGGGAACGCAUAAAAUCAGCUGCAGGACCAUGGCCACCUGGUCGCACUGCCUACCUAGUGAGAGUUCGCAACAUUUACCACGGCAAAUCGUACCACAGCACUUAUAGCAGGACUCGAAUAUCUCGGCCUAAUCGAGGCUCACAAUGGUCGUCUGGCUGUCGCGUAUGGUGCGAGUUGGUCCCUCCGCGAGCUACAUCAACCACAGUCCUCCACCAACCACCUCCGAGCAACCGUCAAUUCUCCGUUUGUACAUUUCGACAGAGCGAUGGCUUCGAUGACUUCGAUGAUGUCGAUGACUUCAGCAAUCCCCGAAGCAAAAACGAUCUCAGCUCGAUGGUCCGCAUGAGAACGGAAGGACGCCUGCCACAUAUCGACGUUACAAGCUCUCCGAAAAACAGCGAGAAAUUACGUCAAGAAAGGAUAGCAAAGGAGAGAGUGGAAGAGCUUGCUCGCAAGGCCAAGAUCGAUCAAGAGAAACGAGAACAGCAGGCCCGACUGGCGGCAGAAAAGGCCCUACUAGAGGCAGAACGGCGAGCUCGCAAGGCUCUUAAGGCAAAACGGAAAGAGGCCCAUGAGCAAUGGAUGAGGCAGUUUAACAACAUUAUGCUGCAUGAAGAUCGCCUUUCCAACGUCGUGGAUACUUUUGUUGAGGAAUUUCAUGAUAUCGUACAUGCCAAAGCUAUAUCAGAGCUGAACGAGCUUGCCCUAUCGCUCUUAAAUCUACGCAACGAGUAUGAGCAGUGCAGAGGAUAUGUCUUUAUGAACUGGAGACUAUCUAUUGAACAAGGAAUAUCCAAACUGGACUCUUGGAUCAACUUCAUAGCCCAGAACCUAGACGAUAACCAUGCCACACCACAAGCUUCUGCAAAGAAGAAAAUCGACCGACUGCUCACACCUAUGGUCACCUUUCAUAAUGCUUAUCUUGGUUCGCAGGAUGCAGGCUUUUAUUUUAUGAAAUCCUCUCGAUUCACCAGAGAUACGCUUCUAGAACUGGCUAAAGAUGUCCCAAGGCAUAAACCGUUUUAUCAUGGGCUGGAGAAAAAAAUGAGGGAUAAUGAAGAUCGUAUUUUGAACCUAGUUCACCAAUACCGGCGCUUUAGAAGACGCUCGCUCUGGUACAAACCUCUAGGUCUAACACAAGUUGUCAAUGUUGCCUCAUCUUUUGAUUCUUCUUGGGAAAUUUUGGGGCUGGAUAAUACGGAGUAUUUGAGGUCCUUACCCCUGAAGCGUCGCGUCGAAGCAUGCCUGGUCGAUUGGUAUCUUCCGCGAUGGGGUUCCCACUCUGCACGCAGUUUCGAACUUGAUAUCAAUUGGAGAUACCUCGAUGUGUUGUAUCCAUUCGAGGUGGUUCGUUCAGGGAACACUUACAUCAACAAACUAGCAAAUGCUCUCAGACUUUCUCUAAAAAGGUCAGUGCAGACUACGUUUAAAACGGCCACUCGACAAAGAAAAGCCAUCGCAUUCAAAAAAUGGGAGAUACAGGCUACCAUUAUAGCUUCCAAUGUGGAACACGCCAUAAACCAACUCAGAUACAUAACAUGGGCUAGGCUAGAGACCGAGUCCAGAAUACACCGUCUCGGUGGUGUUCCUGAUACCAUCUCCAGAGGGUUAUUUACCUCGCCAAAGCCUCUUAGUCAGGACAUACGGCGCUUUCUCCGCUUCGUUUAUAAUAUAUCCAACACGGCGGAUCUCGCCAGCCGAGAUGAUUCUGAGAAUAUCUUCUCGAGGAUGAAAAAUAUCAAUAUGUCAUCUAGCGCCUCACGCACUAGAAACAGAGUUUCUUUGAUGACACCGCACUCGAAAUCUACAUUGGAUACUACACACCCAUUGAGUACGAGAGGUUCCAGAAGUAGACGGUCUAGAAGAUUGAAAUUAAAAGAAUCCUCUAUAAAGGGCAAAGCAGGCAAUCCACCAAAAACCCCACCCUCAGGUACUAAAAAGCAAGAGCAUCUUCUCAAAAGAAGGCGCAGAAAGAAAAAUCUAUUUGGUAGUGGAGAGGGGCUUGAUGAUACUUCACACGAUGGUUCACAUCCCACUUCUAAGAAACCUUCCACUAGAUGA